CAUAUCACGAGUACUCUGCCAGACAGGUACCAUCCACUUAACCAACCGGAUGGAUGAAUAGUAGAUAGUUAGUGAUCGGUCGAUGGCGCACGAGGACUCCUAGUUUAUCCUGUAGGAUACAAGACUUACAGGUAUAUCUGCUAGUGUCAUAUCGAUAAAUAUCCAUAUUCGUGUUCGAUAUACUAUUGAUCCGAUCAUCCGGAGGUUAAUCACGGGAAAAUUAAAAGUACGAACUAAAGUGUGAAGAACAAGCUUGUGAUACUGAAUAAAUAUUUGUUCAACCAAUUGAACAACAGCUGCACGUGACGAUUGAUUUAAUAUUAAUAAUAAUAUUUUCUGUACGUUGUGCAUUGUCGGAUCAAUAGUGUUAUUUGUUAGAGACUUCUACCUGGUGAUUUCAAAAGUACCGUUCAAUACCUCGUGGAUCUUAAUCAAGAAUCAGAGGACUGAUUAUUAAUGAAAAUAAAGUCAUACGUGAUGCACGGUUUUUGAUUGUGGAAAAAAUAAUAUAUAGAAGAAACACCUGUCACGAUGGCUCCCAGGAAAAGUAUCUGCCUGCUGCUGAUGUUUCUGGCCACCACAUAUGCUUACACGGUUUCUUAUCUACCACAUAGUAGGGGUAGGAAACUCUUUGGUGGAUACCGGAUAGUUCCUAAGGUGUGCCAACCUACAAACCCUUCGACGAUCAAGUCGGACCAACCAGCUGUAUGUAUGUUCAAUUAUGAGUGCUCCAGACGCAACGGUGAAGUAGUUGGUGCUUGUAUGGAUGGAUUUUUAUUUGGUGCUUGUUGUCAAUUGCCAAUUAAACAAGCUAAUGAAGAGACGAUGGACAAAGAAGCAAGCACGGAAGAUUUGUUGAAUCUUCAUGAGAUCGAUCAUGUACCAGACAUACCGAUUUUAUUGAAUCCCGAUGGAACACCUGUUGGAAUGGAUACUUCCGGUUCUACUAGUGGUACUAAGACAGUUUCGAAUACCAGGACCUCAUCUUCAACUAUUGUGCCACCUCACCAUCCUGGUCAUUACACGGAUACCGAUGAAAAUGCAGCAAAGCCGCAGGUUCCAUCUCAAGUUGACUUCAGCCAUUUGGAACAGGAUUUCCCAGUACUCUUAGAUCAGCAAGGAAUCCUAGAUGAUCUUAGGCUUCCAGGAUUAUUAACCCACUCGGACUCUAAUAAUGAUAUUCAAGACCAUCAAGACACUUCAGCAAUUAAUCCAGUCACUACUCUUCUCAGUCCAGAUCAAGUUUUACAGAUUGCUGACCCUGUUGAUCAACUUCCUGCACUUUUCUCUCAGGGUUUGAGUCAUAAUAAUCAUAGCAUGGCGGAUACUAUUCUUCUCAAUGAAUAUGGUGCCACUCUUAAUGAGACUCAUAAUCCUGAUGAACUUUUUAAACCUAAUAUCGACGGGAGUGCUGGUACCCAUGAGAAGAAACCAAUUCAAAAUCAAAAUGGUUCCUCGCAGACAAUCUCCAAUUCAUCAAUGACUCAAGGAACUACUGGAGAGAAAAAUCAAGCUCCCACUCACAAAAUCACAGCUAGUACCUGGUUACCUAGUGUCACUCAAAAGAUCUCGAGCACCGAGAAGCCGUCGGCAAUUACUCAGAAGUCCACGAGUUCAAUGGCAAUUACUUCCAAUCAGAAAACUUCUGUUACUACGAAACCGGUCUUCACAGCAAGUACAGGAAACUUAAGAGUUAGUUCUGGCUCUUCAACACUCAGGACAGAAUCUACUACGCCUAUGUCUACUACCGUUGAUAAAAAGGAAGAGUUGAUUAGAGUACCUACUAUUACAUAUGAUGCGCAGUCUGGAAAUAAGAAGGAUGAUGUAUUAGAUCAUGAAGAAAUUUCAAUUAAUCACAUAAUAUCUAUUUUGAAUGAUACUACUUCUAUCUCUGAUGCUCAAGUUAUAUCUCAGAACAACAGUCCUAUUCACACUUGGAUAAGUGUUGAUGAAACUUCUAAACCUUCUAUCAUUAAACUGUCCUCAUUAAAGCCUUCAGGUAGACCUUCCACUAGACCGUCUACCAGACCAUCAACAACAACUACUGAAUUUCCAUACACUUUCUAUAAGCCAGGACAGGCGACUUAUUAUAAUUAUGAAACUGUGCCUACCGAAGCUACUGGAAGUUCAAGUAAUCCUCAAGUCCUGUUCCCAAACACAUAUUCCUCUAGACCAUCGGGUACUCAAGGUACUUUUGACACUAGUAGUUUAUCAUACUCAACCAGACCGUCUACCAAUCCACCAGCACCAACCGUUAUAGUACUUGGACCAUUGGGAACUGAAUUUACAACAGCAACGACCCAAAAAACAUCAACAAGACGACCUGUUGGGUCAACCAAACCUGGAGUUACAAAGAAACCUAGUGGCUCCACAACGAUAACUCAUAAUAUUAGUACAUUUAUCUCUACAAGUAAUACAGCAAGUAAUGACAAUCAUGUAGUAUCUACUAGUUACAUCAGUGUCAACCUAAAGGACAGUACUAGUAGUAAGCCCUCAGUAUCGCAGAGUCAAGUCACUCCAGGAGCUAUAAUAACUAAUGAUGAUACAGACUACGAGUUAGUAACUACAAAGAAUCCUAACAGUGUUACCAAAAGACCAACAACCAUGUGGACAACUUUAUCAAGUUGGUCGGGGAAGCCCAGUUUUCACCUGAAACCAUCGAAUCCAAAUUUCAAUUGGCCUCAAGAUAACAUAAACUCGGAUAACACAAUCAUCUUAAAGGAUCCUUUAGCAGUCGAUAACAUCAUUACCAUGACCAGUCCAUCUCCGUGUGAGGAAGAGACAGCAGCACCUAAUGAUCUUAUAAAUUUCCCACCAGUAAGGAAUCCCAAUCUCAAUUUCUCAGUAUCGGCAUCUCAGCAAGAAAAACCUACCCUGGUGGAGACUUUUAAUAAUACUGGUUAUCCUGACAUCGAAUUAGUAAGCGAGAACGAAAUACCGACACCGGCAUUCAUUGAGGACGAUGUCUUGACCAACAAAGUAGACGUAUUUGUCAAUAAGAUCGUCGAGUCUCUUCAAGAAAACUUCGACGACCUCAAGGAUGUCGUGUACAACAAGAGAAAUACUUCCUUAGCCCCAAUAAGCGCGCCGACAGUCACGAGGAGGCCUACAACCAGCAGUCCUGCUGUUAGUACAACCAGGAAACCAGUUCGGAGACCAACUCAAACAAGUAAACCCUCUCAGGUCACUACCAAGAGACCAGUAACCACCAGGAGACCACCGACCCGACUCUCUAGUACCACGGUCAGACCUGUUUCUGGUGAUAGACCAGUACGUCCAGGAAAACCUACAACCACGAGACCUAGACCAACUACACCACAUACUGUAACUACGAAAAGACCUCAGACUACUACCAGGAGAACAAAACCUACAAGGAAACCUACAGUUCCCACUGUAGCUGUGAUUGAAGAUACCGAAGAAGAGGAAGUACCUUCGACCUCCGUCAUCCUUUCUACCACAACUGAGAAAGCUACUUUUACAUCGGAUUUUAAAAAAGAAUGUGGUAUAAGACCGCAAUUCAAGUCUGGAAGGAUCGUUGGUGGGAAACGUGCUAGUUUCGGCGAAUGGCCUUGGCAGGUAUUAGUACGCGAGGCUACAUGGCUUGGACUCUUCACGAAAAAUAAAUGUGGCGGUGUUCUUAUCACUAAUAAAUAUGUCGUUACUGCAGCGCAUUGUCAGCCUGGAUUUUUAGCCUCUCUGGUUGCUGUUUUCGGCGAGUUCGACAUAUCCGGCGAGUUAGAACCGAAACGUAGCGUUUCCCGUAAUGUACGCCGGGUUAUAGUUAACAGGGGUUACGAUCCGGCAACAUUCGAGAACGACCUGGCACUUUUGGAAUUGGAAACUCCAAUUCAAUUCGACACGCACAUUGUGCCAAUUUGUAUGCCAGAUGACAAUGCAGAUUUCACUGGAAGGAUGGCAACAGUAACAGGCUGGGGACGUUUGAAAUACAAGGGUGCUGUACCAUCGGUUCUUCAAGAGGUCCAAGUACCGAUAAUGGAGAAUUCGGUCUGUCAGGAAAUGUUCCAGAUCGCUGAACAUCCGAAGCGUAUUCUAGACAGUUUCCUGUGCGCAGGAUACGCCAAUGGUCAAAAGGACUCUUGUGAGGGCGAUAGCGGCGGGCCACUGGUGAUGGAACGUCCUGAUGGUAGAUGGGUUCUCGUGGGUACCGUUUCUCAUGGAAUAAAAUGCGCAGCACCAUACUUACCUGGUGUCUACAUGAAGACCACUUUCUUCAAGCCAUGGCUCCAUAGCAUCACUGGAGUCUGAUGAAUGAGAGGUGAUUCCCUUGAUAACUCAAUGAAGGGUUGAUACAGCCUCUCCUGUAUAAAUGUACAAAAGAAGACUAAUUUAUUACGAACCACAAUGCCGUUUUUUUGAUAAAAACGAUAUCAAGGAACAAUUCCAUUUAUGAGUGCACUUAGGGUACGACCUAACUAAGGUCGCUAUCAUAAAUGACCUUAUGACACGUGUAUAUACCUAUGAAGUGCAUACGUCUCUAUAGAUAUUAUAUAUAUAUAUAGCGCCUUAUUUAUUUUUCUUUUUUAGCCAUUAUUUAUUAAACAUAUUUUUAUACGAGUAUA